CGCUGUGCUUAGAUUGGUGUAAUAUGCAGCGGCUUCAUUUUUACCAUUAUGUCGGGAUCUUUUAUAAGACAGCCUUCUCACGCUCUUGUUGAGAUCCCUUGUACAUCCUUAAUCCAGCAUCUUCACUCCUAACAUAUUAUCUUCUAUCCCGCCAAGAAGAUGUUGUCAUUUCCUAGUAUAUCAUUUGGCCUAACAGCCCUUGCUGCUGUUGUCAAUGCAGCACAUUACGAUGUCACAGUUGGUAAAGGAGGACAACUAAAAUUCGACCCAGAGACAUUAACAGCACAAGCUGGAGAUACAGUUACCUACAAGUUCUUCGCCAAGAAUCAUGCCGUUGCGCAAUCUGCCUUCGCUACCCCAUGCCAGUUACAAGAUAAAGGCAUAUUCUCCGGCUUUACUCCCAACAGCUCUCCUGACGUAGAGGCUCCGACAACCUUCACUAUCACCGUCAACGAUACAAAGCCGUUAUGGUUCUACUGCCCCCAGACAAACGGAAACCACUGUCAAAACGGAAUGGUGCACUCCAUCAACGCACCAGCCUCAGGCAACACAUUCGACGCCUACAAAGCCAACGCCCUGAAAGCCGCCACCCCAAGCACUCCCCCAGCAGGAACCCUCCCCGUCGGCGGUCUACGAAAACUGCAUAUUGACGUCGGCUUCAACGGGAACCUAGUAUUCAACCCGAACAACGUAACCGAGCUAGUCGGCACAGUCUUCGAAUUCAGCUACAACCCUCAAAACCACUCCAUAGUCCAAUCCUCCUUCGACAAGCCCUGCCAACCCCUCACCAACGGCUUCGCCGCGCCCUUCGUCCCAACAAUGCAAACGCCCUCAGGCGUGACCUUCGAAGUGACAGUCGAAGACAGCAACCCGAUCUGGUUCUACUGCGCCCAGACCGCGAAAACGCACUGUCAAGCCGGCAUGGUCGGAAGCAUCAACGCGGCCACGACAGGGGACAAGACAUUCGCCGCGUUCGCGGCACUGGCAGCGAAGGCGCCGCCGAGCACGAUCCCGCCGAACACGCCGCUGCUCGGGACGCUGAAGGUGAAUGGCACGAUAAUCGCUAAUGUAAAUGGAAACGUGCUUAACACCACUACGCUGGAUCCCUCGCUUGUCGGCACCGUGCCGCCUCCGGGCGCUAGCUACGCGCCGUAUAUCGGGGGCAUGGCGGGCGGUGAUCAGCCCGCGGACUACCAGUGGGCGCCUACGAUCAGCGACGAGGCGGUCGAGCUGCUACAGGCGCUGGAAUACAUCAGCAACGCGCUGGUAUCCUUCCUGUUCUCGGGGUAUGUGCGACUAGCCGAGGGCGCGUGGACAGGCGCAUACCCGACCUCUAUAACGCAGACGCUCGGGUCUCUCACAGCGCAAGCCCUAAUUCAUCGGAAGACGUACUCGGACUCUCUGCAGCACUACAGCAAGCCGACCGUCCCGCUAUGCCAGUACAACGUGACCUCCAGCUCCGUCGAUACCUGGCUCCAAGACGUCCAAACCAUCCUCACACUCUCCAUCGGCGCCAAGAUCGACGUGAUGUCGCUAGCCGCCACGAACGACAGCUGGAUGAUCCCAGCACUAGCCACAGAGCUCGGGGCACAGGCGCGCAUGUCUGCCGUGCUGAACAUGAUGCAGAGCCACUACGCAUCCACGGCGCCGCGCGAGGCGCUGAUGCCGUACCAGUUAGCGUACUCGUACAUCGCGAACAAGUACGCUUCGAACUGUGGCGACGGCGCCAAGUCCUUCGGCAAGGUAUUCCCCGCGCUCUCCGUGGCGAAUAAGACUGUUGAGCCGAGUAGUGGUCGUCUGUUGACCAUUAAGGUUGAGAUCCCGAGCGGAAGCACUGGUGAUCAUUGGGUAGCGUGGAUUGGACCGUGGGGUGGUCUACAGUACACGUCUGUUGCUGCUGAUGGAACGACUACCGUCCCCUCGAAUUUGUCCGGCCACGUGUGGGCUGUGUUGACGACGGCUAAGGAUCUUAAGGCUCAUGAUAUCGAGACGAAGGCCGUUGCUGGACCGGAGAUGAUAUGGACCACGCAGCAGUGGGGGUCUUAAUCGUGGUUGAAUGGUGCUUCUUGGUAAUGGGUAUAUAGAUUUUGGUAAUUUGGUUGUACAUAUUGUCUUUGGCGGCGUAUCUGCAUAGCAUUAGAGGGGCAUGGGUAGUACUCACUUUGUUUUUGAUAAUUUGGAUGGAUCUUUUAUUAUGUUCAUAAAUACAUUUAAACAUUAGCAUGCCAGUGUAGGCAGUUAGCAUCAUAGGAUAUUAAUCGUCUUGAAACAUUAAUC